AUGUCUCCGGCAGGCUCGAGCAAACGUCGCCGACGCUCCGGGAUCCCGGUGCUGCCGGACGUUAUACUGAAGGAGGACCACCUGGGCGAACUCGAGAAGCCUCGGGUCGUGAUCGCCGAGGUCGAGGCCAGGACCGCCAGGUCCAAGGACAACCGGGGCUACAGCCGCGCCCGUGCCAACGAACUCCACCGCGAGGCCGAUCGGCUCUACUACAAAGGAGACUACGAGUCGGCGCUCGCGCUUUACCACCGCGCCGCCCGGCUGUACCCGCACGAGGCGACUCACGCAGUGGCGGCCCGGCGCACCGAGGCCGCUAUAACCUCGGCGACCAACCCACCCCACGAGCUCGCGCGACUACUCCGCGAGGCCCGUAGUCCCGCCCAGGUGCCCGCUGUCCUCUGCCCCGAAGCAGCGGCUCAUCGGGCUCGGGCCAUCGUCGGCGAGGCGGCGGAUCCCCUACGGCAAAUACCCGAGAUCCUCAAGUUCUUCGACGCGAGGAAGGACUUUUGGCGCUUGCCGGGGCCGUCGGCGCCCCACGCCGGGGCGAAGCGACAGUUGAGCAAGUGCGUGAGAUCGGCGGUGCGGGAGCUCGAGCGCGCCCACGAUGCCGGAGCCGUGCACGAGCUCGGCAAGGAGCUCGUCAACCUCGUCUCCCUGACCGACGCCCCGAGUCGCAACCUCGUCGCCGCCUGUGGCUACCUGGCCGAGAAGCACGUGGCCGUGGGCAGGCACGACCGAGCCGUGGACAUGGCCGCGAGGAUGGUCUUCCUGGCGCGGAGCUCAGCAGAUUCCGACUCGCUCGUCCGGGCACUCGUCGCCUUUGGCAGGGCCCACGUCGCGUUCGGGCACCUCGACGCUCUCGCCAAGCUCUGGGAACGGCUGGUCGGCGACAUCCACGCGGAGGAGGUGGCCCAAGCUUGGCUGUACCACGACCUGGGGAGGUGCCACCUCGAGCUGGGGAACCUCAGCCGGGCGCUCGAGGCCUCGGAGCGUAGCUUGGAGCUGGCCUCGGAGGUGAAGUCGCGCAAGUGGACGCUGCGGGGUCAGUUGUUGCGUGGACAGGUGUUGUUGAAGUUUGGCCGGUUCGUCGAGGCGGUGUGCGCCCUGAGGGUGGCAGGUCGGCUGGCAGAGGAGGACGCGGGUAGGGGCGAGGGUGGCACGGGUGAGCUGCUCGCGUACGUGCAGAGCCUCGUUGAACAGGUGACGCGUCUCCUGAGGCGACUGAACGAGGAACGCGACCGGAGAGCCGACGAGUCGAGGCGCGCGGUCGUGACCGGUGGCCUUGGGGGAGGGGAGCUGCUGUUCGUCGACUCGAUUGCAAAAACCGAGAAGGAUGAGGAGGAGGAGGAAAAACGGGACGCCGGAGAUGUCGUGCCCGCUAACGACGAAGUUGCCGAGGAAACAAAGAACGGGGACCCCGAGCCAUUCGCCAACUACUCGGCUACUCGGCAAGAGUUGCUGCGGUACUGCAGCGACGGCACCAAUAUUGUGCUGGACAACGACACCAGCGAGGCCUCGCCGGACGGUACGAGCGAACAAAAGUACAGUCCCAUCACGGACUAUCUCAAGAGCCUCGAGACCACUGGCUUCGAGGAUGUACUGAGCCAAUAG